ACGACACACUCUGCAGUCAAGAUGAGUGCUGGUGAUGUGGUCUGCACUGGCUGGCUCAUCAAAUCCCCUCCGGAGAAGAAACUGAAGAGAUUUACAUGGAGAAAACGGUGGUUUGUGCUUCGAAGAGGUCGCAUGAGUGGUAAUCCUGAUGUGCUGGAAUACUAUCAGAGCAAGAGCUCCAAAAAGCCAAUCCGCACCAUCGACCUCAGAGAAUGUGAGGUGCAAAUGCAGAGUGGGCAACUUCGGAUCAAGAGGGAGUUCCAUGAAAAACACCUCUUUGUUGUGAAGACGUCGUUUCGCAUCUUCUACCUGGUGGCUAAAACGGAGGAGGAGAUGAACAGCUGGAUCAAGAGCAUCAGUCAGAUUUGCCAGUUUAUGCCCUUGGAUGAUGCAGAAAGCUCAGAGGAAGGCUUUCCUCACACCCUGACCCUCCAUCAGCCCUCACCUGCCAGUUGCGACACAGAGUCCGAAUCAAGCCAACCAGAAUGCAGCGACCCACCAGACUACCUCUUUCUUGCACAUUGUGAGACAGGUAGCAGUAUAAGCAUUAGCAGACAUGACAGCUUUUCAAACUCUGAGAACUCUCUGGAACAGAAGUCAUCAGAUGACACUGACAAGGACAUUAUUCCCUCACCUGUUUGCACCAAGUCCGCCUCAUUCUCGUUUUCUCACGCUGGCCCCUUUCCAUCUCUUGUCAACCAUCGAGGGUUGAUUAAUCCCCCGUUAAGCGCUCCAUCCACCCUCAUGGCUGUAACAUCAUCCUCCUCUCCUCCACUGCCACCUCACUGUGCAUCAAGUAUCUUCCAGUUUGACAAACCUUAUUCUUCUGCAUCAUUUGAGGCAACGGCUGAUAGACAAACACCUCCCCCGCUGCCGCCUAAGCCUUCUCACUUCUCAGAGCAACUAAACAAUGAAGGAGCUCAUAGGCUGCAGGCAAUGAGUGCGCACCAACCUUUUGGCCACACUCUGCUAAUACCCAGCGGGAUCUCUCUGUCAGGCCUGGACCGUCUUGGAAUAGGAGCUGUUGAGACCGGCUCAGUGAGGAACAAGAAGCAGAGCCUUAAUUUGCCUUGUCUAAAUUCACCUCAAGUUCCAUACUAUGAGGACGACUCUUACAUCCCCAUGGCCUCCCCUGUCAGUGUUACUGCCGCUGCAUCGGACGGUUACAUCCCCAUGAGUCCCAGCACAUUCACUCUCCUUAACUCAACCUGCGCUGCUGAGUCCUCGAUGAUCAGCCAAGCUACGCACCAGCUGGCAGAGCUGGCGCCACCUCCGAUCAACCGGCAUCUCAAGCCUCGCAGGAGAGCCCGGCCUCCACCUCUUGACCUGAGAGGUCUCUCUUCAAUCAGUGAAUUUCCCACUCAUCUUCCCUUGACCAGAACGAUGACUGCACCAUGCAAAUUCCUGAACUCACUAACUCCUGGGAGUAGACAUGAGGGCUGGGACUAUGAUGAAGAUGAAGACACAAGCUACACUACAACAGACUCAAAGCAAGAGUUCUCCUUCACCUGUGAUGGAGCAUUUCAGCCCUUGGCCAGAAGAUUAAACCUUGACUACUUGUUACUGGACUUCAAUUCUGCAUCACCUUCACCUGUGCAGAAGCAGAAACCCGUUCUCUAUGAUGAGCACAAAGUGGAUUACGUGCAGGUGGAUGAGAAGAAAACACAGGCCCUGCAAAACACCAAGAUGGAGUGGAAAGAUGUCCGGCAAUCCAAAACUUAAUGCACUUAAUGCACAAGCACACUUGGUUUUAAGUAGACAAAUGUGGACUUUUGACAAGCAUUUCGGAAAUAAAUGUAUAUUAGACAUACAUAUGUAGAACAAGGGCACUAUGCCACACUGUAAAAAACAAAAUUAAGUCACAGUAGAUCUACAAUUUCAAUACUGCUGAAUCAUGCUGUGUAUCAUAUUGGUGUUUUACAGUAAUUUAAAAUUUUACUACGUUUUGUAAAGGGCACCACAUGUCUCGUGUAUUCUACCUAUGAAACAUUUCUAAGAAAUUUCUGGAAUAUUUUUUUUAUUGUUGUGUUACUGCAAAAGAAACAAUGAUGCCAAAUGGCAAAUGUAAUUUAUUUGUGAUUGUAAAUAAGAAAUAUAUUUUACUGAUGCUUCCAGUCACACAUGAUGUAUCAUCAUGAGCAAGAAUGGGUCAGAGAUGAAUGGAAUGGCCUGUCCUGCUGCAAAUAUUUAGCAGUGAUUCCUACCACAAACCUGAUGUGUUGUGCUGGAUCAAUAUUUUUUUUUUACAAAAUCAGUGCAUUAAAUGUGCCAGUUUGGUAUGGUAAAUGACAUUUGAUUAGCCAUUUUUGAAACUGUAAUUACAAUUUGUGAGCUCAAGUUUGUCAGUGCAAUUCCACAAAAGGACACAAAAACAUAGUUGAAAGAUACACAUGUCAGCAGGCCGUGGUAUUUCCAGGUUAAAAUUAUGGUUCACCACAAAAGGAAAUUUUUGCCAUUAUCUACUGACUAAGAUAUCAGUCAAAACUCCACUGAGGUUCAUGCAAUCACCAAGCUCACAGCCGCUUAAAUCUCACUGUUUGAUCUCAGUCUUCUCUGAAACAACUGAAGGGAACGGGGCCUGGAUGUUUAAAGUUCAUAAAAUGACAAUCAAAUUACUCUCAACAUC